GUUGUCGUCAAAAUUUAAGCUAACUUGAUAGAAGCGAAUAGAGUGUUGCCAGUUGGUGUUGUGACAAAGCAAACAAUUGGAAUAGAUUGGUGUGAAUAAAUUUUACAGAAUUUUGAUUCAACAUUAUCUGCAAAUCCUAAAGUAUGUCGCAGGAUAGUAAUCAGAAAAUAAACUUUGCUGAAGCUGGCGAACAAAAUGAUAGCAAUCAAGGUGUUUGUGGUGUCAUAUUGACAUUGUUUUCCAUUGGUAUAGCUGCCUGUACAUUUCCAUUAUCAUUAUUCUUUUGUAUUAAAGUUGUACAGGAAUAUGAACGAGCAGUCAUCUUCAGAUUGGGUCGAUUACUACAUGGUGGUGCAAAAGGGCCGGGAAUUUUCUUCAUUUUACCUUGUAUCGAACAUUAUACCAAAGUUGAUCUUCGAACAUUAACAUUCGAUGUACCACCGCAAGAAGUGUUGACCAAGGAUUCGGUAACAGUUUCGGUGGAUGCUGUUGUUUAUUAUCGUGUACAUAAUGCAACAGUUUCGGUGGCUAAUGUUGAGAAUGCUCAUCAUUCAACCCGUUUAUUGGCUCAAACUACAUUGAGAAACAUGUUGGGUACACAUAAUUUACAUGAAAUUCUAUCCGAUCGGGAAUCAAUCUCGAAUUCCAUGCAGACUGUUUUGGAUGAAUGCACCGGCGCUUGGGGAAUCAAAGUGGAACGUGUAGAAAUCAAAGACGUACGACUUCCCGUACAAUUGCAACGAGCGAUGGCUGCCGAAGCUGAAGCUGCUCGCGAAGCCCGAGCUAAAGUUAUUGCUGCUGAAGGUGAGCAAAAAUCGGCACGAGCAUUGAAAGAAGCGGCCGAAGUUAUCGCCCAAAGUCCAGCAGCAUUACAGCUACGUUAUCUACAAACAUUGAAUACAAUUUCGGCGGAAAAAAAUUCGACAAUCAUUUUCCCAUUACCAAUCGAUUUUAUCAGUCAUUUCAUUCGACCAACUGUUUAACACUUUAUCCGUCCAUUAUUUGUGGAUCAAGUUUCUUCAUUUAUUUAUUUCAAUUGAAAUGUUUUGAAAAU